AUGUAUGGUAAUUCUACAGAAACGUCAAUAUAAUAAUACCAUCAAAAUCCGUGUAAGCAGAGUUUUUGUCUGUUUGCAUCAUUUUCUCACUUCGCAUCUACUCGACUAAAUAGAGUGAUAACAGAAACAAGCAAAUUAAACGUAAACUAUGUGGCUUUUCAAGAGAAAAGGGCCAUCUGGGUUUUCAUAUGCCUCCACUGCUGAAGAAGUCACCCAUGGAGUCGACGGCUCUGGUCUCACUGCCAUUGUUACAGGAGCAUCGAGUGGUAUUGGUGCUGAAACUACCCGUGUUCUCGCUCUUCGCGGAGUUCAUGUUAUCAUGGCUGUCAGGAAUAUGACUGCUGGAAAAGAUGUUAAAGAAGCAAUAGUAAAGGAAAUCCCUGCUGCCAAAGUUGAUGUAAUGGAGUUAGAUCUCAGUUCAUUGGAUUCAGUAAAGAAAUUUGCAGCUGAUUUUAUAUCAUCAGGUCGCUCAUUGAACAUUCUAAUUAAUAAUGCAGGCGUGAUGGCAAUUCCCUUUAUGCUCUCCAAAGACAAUAUAGAGCUGCAAUUUGCCACAAAUCAUCUAGGUCACUUCCUUUUGACAAAUUUGUUGUUGGAGAAGAUGAAGGAGACAGCAUGUGAAACACAGAGAGAGGGAAGGAUAGUCAAUGUUGCAUCAGACGCUCAUUAUGUUACAUAUCGUGAGGGAAUUCGGUUUGACAAAAUUAAUGACCAGGAAAGCUACAGCAGAUACUCGGCAUAUGGCCAAUCAAAGCUGGCUAACAUACUGUCAACAAAGGAGCUCGCGAAGCACUUAAAGGAAGACGGUGUGGAAAUAACUGCAAAUUCACUUAAUCCUGGAGCAAUCUCAACCAACCUUUUCCGUCAUAUGACUGUCGUUAAUGGCUUAGUAUGUACGAUUGGAAAACUCGUGCUUAAAAAUGUUCAACAGGGAGCAUCAACCACGUGCUAUUUAGCAUUGAAUCCACAAGUGAAGGGGGUGAGUGGCGGCUAUUUUCUGGACAACAAUUUGGGCACCCCAUCGACGAAGGCUAGGGACAUGGAUUUGGCUAAAAGACUCUGGGAUUUUAGUAUGGAUAUGGUUAAGUAAAACACAGCAUGUAUCAGUAAAAUAAAAAACUGUUCUAUUUGGUCGUUUAUGUCACAAAACAACAGAUUUAGUAAAUCCAUAUUAACAUUUGGUGUUGUAUGUUUAAUCAAAUCUUCAGCUCUCUGCAAAUGUUGAAAUUUCUGGUAA